UUUCUAAAAAUAAAAUAUAUUUUUAAUAUUAAUACUCAGAUUAAUCCCGUGCCUUACGAUUUAAUUUGUGACUAUGUGUGCAUAGUCAACAACAGCGCUUACGCGCUGGGACAAACAAUUAUCUAAUCCAUAAUAAGUACGCACAGUCACAAGAAUGCCGUAACACAUAAACUUGCACGAGUGUGAAUUUUACACUCUAAUUCGAAUGUACCUUGACAUUCGUUGACAAAUGCAUGUGUUAAGGCAUUCGUGUGACUGUAUAUACCACAAAUUCGACUCAUGUUUGUCAAUAUUGGCCCGUAAAUUACGACCGCUUCACGAGUCCAAAAGGGGUUAAAUGUGCCGCACAUUAACACUCAACACGAAUAAAUUAAAUGCUGAUCCAGUCAUACUUAAUAACACGAGAAACGAUCGUUCACCGCAAAGGGCAGGCGGAAAAUACCCACCCUGAAACAAUGAAUCAACAAACGACCUUGAUGUCUACCUCUGACCGAAGAAGCCGGAGAUCCCCCGAGUAUCACGGUGAACAGGUAACCGCGAACUCUUCGCGGUGGGAUGGCAAUCUCGUAAUCCGAUUGGCCGUCGCUCCACGUGCUUACCGGUCGCGACACUGGACGACGAACCAUGCACGGCUACAUCGUGGUGGGAGUAAUAUAUUUUUCAAAUCCGCGUCGGGAUCCGCGUUUCCGCCACUCUCUACCAAAGCGUAUUCUGCCUACACCCGUACGAAGAGCAAAGUAACAUAACGACAGGUGGUGGAGAUAGACAAAAGCCAGAGGAUCCUAAACUGUCAGCGUAGUGUAUCGCGAGCUUAUCACGCUAAUCAUUUUGGCGAGCGUCACCCGGAACAACGAGAUCAUCUGAAACAGUCCAUCAUUUCGGAAAUCGUCAUGCGUUUCUCGUAAUUGAUUCGCGAAUAAUUCAGUUCGGACGAAAGCAUCGAAAAUCGAUACUGAUUAAAGAAGAUCACUCGCGAGGACGUGUUCGAUACCGAUCGAACGUGGAGACGAAACGCGCAGAAAAAAAGUGAAGGGCCCGUGCCGAAGUACAAAUUGAAAGUUUGAAGAUCAAACGUGUCGAAAUCGCACGUGUAACAGACGAAAAUUGCCCGACGAAAAUUACAUGGUAUUAUAAAAUACGACGUUUAAUUCCGCAAGCUGUCAUCGAGCUUCGCGCGAUAAGUGGUGAGACUCGCCACUAGCUGCCGUCAGUCGUCGAACUCGUCGCCAUUGAAUUGCCGGCGAUAGAUCGCCAUUUGAGUUACUGAAUUUUGGCUACGCCAAAAUUUCUAAGCUGAACACUUGCCUUGUGAUUCUAUUUGUCACGCAAAAAAAACUGAACUGCCGCAAACAUGAAGGAUCUCAUGGUAAUAUGGAAUACCCUGUCGCGUUGCCGGAAUUAUUCAACGGCCAACGUGAAUUCUAAUCCCGGCGAACAGGAUGAGACAAGAACGCUGUCACAUGUCUCAAAUAACAUUCGGAGAAAAUCUUCGAUAGUGGUGAACAGAUUCCUGAACACAGCUUUACCAGUGCAUUCUAACAAUAGACGAAGGUGGCCAAAAUAUACCUUCAGGUUAAUGAUUCUGGGCUUGCUCAGUCUCGCAUCUGGUUGCUUCCUACUACUAUACCGACCCUACGAAUUGCUCUUUAAUUGGAAGUCAACAUUCGGCGACGGUGGCGAGAUUUUCGAGAUGUGGCGGACACCUGAAGUUGAUCUCUAUCUGAAGGUCUACCUGUUUAACGUGACAAAUCGUGACGAGUAUUUAGAUGGCCGAGACAGCAAGCUGCGAUUCCAGGAAACUGGUCCUUACGUAUAUAAAGAAACGUUCCAACAUGCGAAUGUAGUUUUCAAUGACAAUGGUACGUUAUCGGCGGUACCGAUUCAUCCACUAACGUACAUUCCGGAAUUGAGCAACGGCACAGAAGAGGAUCUUUUGAUAUUGCCGAACAUCGCGCUACUCAGUAUCACGAACGUGAUGAAAGACGCUUCGUACAUAACCAGAUGGGGACUUAACAUGCUUAUCCGUCAAACAAACAGUCAUCCUCUAGUUCAAAUGACCGCACGUGAGUUCAUGUUCGGCUACCAAUCAACUCUAGUCACCCUCGGAAAUCAUCUAAUGCCUGCCUGGAUUAAAUUCGACAAGCUGGGAUUAAUUGAUAGGAUGUACGAUUUCGACGGUGACUUUGAAACUAUCUACACGGGAGAGACUGAUAUUCGACUGUCGGGUUUGAUCGACAAGUACAAUGGAGAUGUGAACCUGCCACAGUGGACUGGUACAUGCGCAAAUGUGCAUGGUGCGAGCGACGGCGUUAAGUUUCCAAGCUACAUCAAACCUAACGACACGCUUCUCUUCUUUCGCAAGAGCCUCUGCCGAAGCGAACGAAUGAUACGAACUGGAGAGAAAGUGAUAAAAGGCCUAUACACGUACCAGUAUACGUUUAUGGAAAAUGAAUUAGACAACGGGGCAAUCAAUCCAGAGAAUAAAUGCUUCUGUCGUCGCGGUUUUUGUCUGAAACCUGGCUUAAUCGACGUGACCGAUUGUUAUUAUGGAUUUCCGAUCGCUUUAUCGUACCCGCACUUUUACAAAGCUGAUCCGUCACUGUUAGAAGCUGUCGAAGGACUAGAACCUAAGAAAGAGCUACAUGAAUCCUACUUCUUCAUUCAACCAAAAUCCGGAGCGCCAGUAGAUCUGGCAUUCAGAUUCCAGAUCAACAUGGCUCUGCAAAAUAUCGGACACUUGGCCAGAGUGGAAAAAUUCGACGAUUUAACGCUUCCGCUGCUAUGGUUCGAAAUUGGAAUGUACGAGCUACCGACGCACAUGAACAUGCGUUUUUGGCUUUACAUACAUUUCUUACCGAUUCUGGAAGAAAUAAUGAUCUAUUUGCUAUUUCUUUUGGGCGCGAUGCUACUCGUCUGGAGUGUUGUGAGGAUAUUAUCUUAUCAAGCAAAGGAAUCGCCGACGGAAUGGCUGGAAACAGAAAUAAAAAGGAAGCGAGAACGGGUGCAGAACGCCAAGCAGAAUAAUCUAGGAGCGAGAGAAAUGGACACAUACAGUUCGCUGCUGAUUCUCGGUGAUCCAAAUUUGGCCGAUGUAAAUUUAAUGGUCGAAACGUAAAGAGCGGACAAGACAUUUAUUCAUUAUUUUUUCGUUAACAUUCUGACCAUUUGUGAUUUGUAAAAUGCAUGUCGGUUCGCGCCCAAUAUUGGAAAAUGCCAUGAAUUUUAAUAUAGAAAUCAGAAACGUG